CUUUCUCUACCAUUCAUCGACUGUUAUAACUGUCUACAAGAUUUCACCGGUCUCAUCUAGCAGAUAAUAUGGCUUCAGCAAAGCCUCCGUUCACGUUUGAAUCGGCCACACUCAAAGUCAAGGCCGCUCAAAACCUCUGGAAUACCCAGAAUCCGAUUGAGGUUUCCAAGUCGUAUACUGCAGAUUGUAUUUGGCGCAACCGGACCUCGUUUUUCUCCGGCACGGAAGCCAUACAGGCGUUUCUUACGGCUAAGUGGAAAAAAGAAAAAUCUUACCGCCUACGUAAAGAACUAUUCGCUUUUACUGAGAAUCGCAUCGCCGUGCAAUUCUGGUAUGAAUACCAAGAUGCCGAAGACGGUCACAAGUGGAAACGCUGCUAUGGAUUGGAAGAUUGGACUUUCGAUCAAGAUGGCAAAAUGAAAAAAAGGAUGAUGACUGGAAAUGAUUUACUCCUAGGCCCAAAUGGAGACGGCGAGGGACGCUGGUUUGUGGAUGGAGUCGAUGUCAAUGAGGUGAAAAUCAGCGAAGAUCACUGGUGAAUAUCGCGUGUACGAGAGUCCAUAGUAUACGUGGAUCUUGCUUGUUCUAUGUGGAUAACAUUUUCUGAUUGGUAUCCUACGCUGCAUCCCAAUCAGAAAAGCUUAUGAAAUAAAAGCCAAGAUACUCGGUAGCAGGAUUGAUGCCAUGACCUUUCAAUCUAUCCGGUGAAACUAUCAAGAAUUGUUUGGGAGCUGCCAGCGACGAACUGCACUUAUUGGUUCCAUUUUCGGUUGUGACACCCAAGCUUAAAUCUGGGUGAGAAUACUGACCAAGUGAGAAAACCCGGAACUGGGUGUAUCCCACUGUAGGCAAGUGAGGCAUGAAAAUCAGACAAAACAUACAACAGCAGGGACACGCUGGUGGUCAACCACACAACUACUAACCGGCCGGCGUGUGGCUUAGCUUCGGUCAAUAGUUCGAGAGUUAUUAGUAAAUCCAACCCUGAAGCAGCUUGGCAAUGUUGGAGAUCGCUG